GCCCCAGGAAUCUGGCAGGGCAGGCAGGAAACGCAACAGUUCCGCCGCCUGGCAUGCCGGUAGUGCGAGUGCGACGAUUCCCACCAAACCCAGUCGGGGGAGCGAUUCUCUUUCCUCCUAUAUGUCCGGCGCAAGACUAGCAGCCAGACUCGCUCAGUCCUCUCUGCUCCUGCCCCUUCACGCCGCCGCCGCCCGCCGCCGGCUGUGUUCCCCUUCCUCCUCGCAAGCAGGUUACUGUUCGAAGAUGACUGAUUCAGCGGGGAGCAAUGGCCACAGCACUGUUACACGGGUUCUAUUCUGUGGUCCCUAUUGGCCUGCUUCUACUAAUUACACAAGGGAGUAUUUGCAGGACUAUCCAUUCAUUCAGGUUGAUGAAGUAGGUCUUGAGCAGGUACCUGAUGUUAUUCACAACUAUCAUAUAUGUGUAGUCAAAAAUCGGCGUGUGGAUUCAGAUAUCAUUGCCAAGGCGACUCAGAUGAAGAUUAUUAUGCAAUAUGGUGUUGGGAUAGAAGGCAUUGAUGUAAAUGCUGCCACAGAACACGAAAUCAAAGUUGCACGGAUACCUGGGAGUACGACAGGAAAUGCUGUCUCUUGCGCAGAAAUGGCGAUCUAUCUUACUCUAAGUGUUCUGCGUAAGCAAAAGGAGAUGGAUACUGCCGUGAAUCGCAAAGACCUUGGUAUUCCAGUUGGAGAAACAAUAUUUGGCAAAACAAUCCUUAUCCUAGGGUUUGGAGCCAUCGGUGUGGAAGUUGCCAAGAGGCUAAAACCCUUUGGUGUAAAAGUUAUUGCUACCAAAAGAAAUUGGUCAUCAGACACAUUGCCUUGUGAUAUUGAUGGGCUGGUUGACAAGAAAGGUGGCCCAGAAGACAUGUAUGAAUUUGCUGGAGAAGCUGACAUUGUUAUAACAUGCAUGACCUUAACCAAUGAAACAGUUGGAAUUGUCGAUCACAAGUUCCUCUCAUCAAUGAAAAAAGGAUCAUAUCUGGUCAAUAUUGCUAGAGGACGCCUACUGGACUACAAGGCUGUGUUAGAUCACCUCAAAUCAGGUCAUCUCGGUGGUCUGGGCAUUGAUGUUGCUUGGAUGGAGCCAUUUGAUCCAGAGGAUCCUAUUCUGAAAUUCUCAAAUGUUAUUAUAACACCACAUGUGGCUGGAAUCACUGAAUACUCUUACAGAACGAUGGCAAAGGUUGUUGGUGAUACUGCCCUCCAGCUUCAUUCAGGGGAGCCAUUCACCGAAAUAGAAUUAGUGAACUAGAUCCGGAGGUGGCAACCGUAGAUAUCAGUAGCUUUUGAAUUCAGACGACAAACUGCUGUGUUCUUAGAAAAUAAUGAAUGGGCAACUUAUGAGAACAUGCAACAAGAUGUUAUUUUCCCUUGAUGAAUUUGAUUGCCGUAAAUCGUGCAUUGCACUGAGUAUAUUAAAAUGAGGUCCAGAAACAAUAGGCUACCUGGUCC